AUGCCGCCCAAGGCGUCUGCCAAGUCGGGCGCUGGCCCCGGCGAGCCCAAGCAACCGACCGCUCAGGAGGCUCUCCUGUUCUACACUGUCAUUAAAAACAUGAAGGGUAAGCCCGACAUUGACUGGGCUGGCGUGGCCGCCGACUCGGGCUUCAAGAACCCUGAGACUGCCAAAGUUCGCUACGGCCAGGUCAAGCGCAAACUCGGCCUGGACAGCUUGACUGCUGCCAACAAGGGCAAAAGCGCCAUCAAGGACGAAAACGCCGUGGGCGAGAACGGUCUUCCCUCCACCCCGUCUACCGCGCGUACUAAGAAAACCACCACCCCGGGCACUGGUGCCGGCAUCAAGAAGACCACUGGCAGGGUCGGUAGCGCCGCUGCCAAACGCGGUACCACCACGGGCGCCGGUACCUCUGCGGCUGGCGGUCGCAACGUUCGCAAGGCCAAGUCCGAGGCCAUCGUCAAGAUGGAAGAGAACAGCGAGGCAGCUAAAUUGAGCUUUGACUUUGAGGAGACUGAUGGCGAUGCCGAUGCCGAAGUCGCACAUGGCAAUCAUGAUGAUGAUGAUCUCCUCAAUGCUGCCGCUGGCACGCCCACCAAGCCGAAGCCGAAGGCUCAGAAGCGUCUCACUACCACUGGCCCCAGCACCGCUGCUACGGAUACCAUCUCAGCUAAAAACGACAAUGCGCUUGAGUAUGCCGACUUCCCGACCGUUCUUCCCGAGGCAGUGCUUGAGCGCCGUGCUAUUCUUGUCCGUGGCGAUGACGGCAAAUGGAUAGAUUCGCCUGCCGACGUUGAGGCCCAUAAGGACUGGCUGUCCCGUCUGCCCGCGAGCGCCCAGGCACACUUCUACACCCAAGCUCACCGCGCCGAGCGCCGAGCAUCCGGUGAGAAGGAGGGCAAUUUGGGUGACAAUGGCCAUAGCACCACCAAGCCUACCGAUCGUGGUAUUGGUCACGGUAUCGGUCUUGGUAUGGGCAAUGCCCCCGGCUCUACUGGCUUUUCCCUCCCCAACGUCUAUGGCACUCCUGGCAACCCCGGCAGUCUCGCCGCGGCCACCACAAACCCGGUUGCCGGCAUUGACAUCUCCUUCUUGGACGAGCCAUUCAACACGCCCGUGGGUAGCAGCGCUGCCGGCAUCCCGCUGUCCGGUCUCCACGGCAUAAACACCACCACUGCGGUCGGUGCUACUAACGACCUUGGUGGCGGGCGGACGUCCUACGCCCCGACGCAGGCGGGCAACAACAACACCCAUUUCGACAUGGGUGUCAACUCCAUGUCCUUCUUUGACAUGGGGCUUGCGGACCGCCGCCCGGACCUGCUUGACAAUCUUGAUGACAAUGCCAACGGCGCCGGCAGUUUUGAUCUCCACGGCAACAACAGCGGUAGCGGUAAUGCUACCGGUACUAGCUUCAGCACCACCUUUGGCACCGGUCGCCACGGCAACGUGCACUCUCCUCUAAUGCACCCUACCUUCCUAGACCCGUUCCGUGCCCAGCACCAUCGUCCCGGCCAUGAUCUGGGCGUUAGUCUCAGCGGAGACAGCUACAGUUACGGCCAUAAUCAGGGAGCUGAAGACGAGGACGAGUUCCUUAUCUAA